GAGUCGGAGGCUGGCCCAGCAGCAGGGGGGUGGAGAUGCCUGGGAGGGCGUAAAGGAUGCUGCAAACUCAGGAGCCCAGCCAGAGCUUUGCCAGGAAGGGAACGGGGAGUGUUUGGGGAAGAAGACCGGCUGGGACUGUCCCGCAGCGCCUGCCGACGGACGCCAGGAUGGGCUUGGACAGCCGCUGCCAGAGGGCCAGGUCGGGGUCGCCGGAUCCGGAGAGUGGCCCGGAGGGCUCUCCCCUGCCGCCCCCGCCCUACGCGGGGGAAGGGGCCCUCGAGCUGCGGGGCUCGCUGGACUGCUGGGCCUGCGCGGUGCUGGUCACGAUCCAGAACUUGCUGGUGGGCCUCCUCAACCUCCUCCUGGUGGGGCUCAUCUUCGGGGUCAUCUUGUUCCCCGCAGGGGUCCUGCUGGGGUUCGGGUUCCUGUGCCACUCCAAGUUCUUGAACGUCCAGGCCGAGUACUGCACGGCCCACUUGCAUGACUCCGGCUCCGUCGCUCUCCUUGUCGUGGGAUUCGCCCUCCUCGUGCCCCUCCUGGUCCUGGCACUGGCCGCCUACUGCCGGGUGGCACGCCGCCUACAGCUCGGCUACUGCCUCAUCCCCUACAGCAAAGCGGUCUACAAGAACCUGCCCGUGUCCCGCUACCACAGUUCCAGCUGCUGCUGCACCCAGGAUCUUGACUCGGUGGAGAAAGUUUGGGUUUGAGAUUGGAGGGGCGGGGGGGGCAGGUCGGGACUGGGGGCGGGCGCGGAACUAACUGGGGGAGGGAGGAUGGAGUGAAUCGAUGGAGAAGCAUCGGCUGAGAAAUCUAAAGCUACCGAGCUCAAAAGACCUGGGUACCCCCCUGCCACAAUCGGUGGAUACCUCACAGCAGUGAAGCUUGCAAUGGUGCAUCAGACUCUCCCCGAACACAGGCUCACAGGGGCGCACUCCCUCAGAGAGGGGCUGAAUUCCAUCCGAGGCUGGUGCAUCCACAACAGACAGAGGGGAGGAGGAGGAAAGCCGAUUUGGCUUAAGCUGCUCAAGAACUGCAGCGCCAAAAGCCUCCCUCCGCCGAUCAUAAGCCAUUCAGCCAGGGAAAGGAUCGAUACAUGCUUUUGCCUGACUUUGGGAGGGGCGAGGAAAAUUUGGCAGUCUCUUCACUGUCCGGUUAGUGGACACCAAAGUGUGUAUUUCGAGCGCCUCUUGGGAUCUGAUUGUUUCUCUC